AUGUCGACGACAUGGCAAGUUUUACUUGCACUUGAUGCCCGCUAUAAUGCUCAUCGAACACCAAAUAAUCUUCAAUUCAAAACACUUUACAUUCGAAGGCGAAGUCAGUUGUUACGUGAUAAUCAUCCAACUGAAAAUGACGUCAAUAUUCGCAAGCAAUAUUUGAGAUUACGCUCAAGCCUUCUAGCAUCUAGAUAUGGAGCAAAUCUAGUCGAUAGCAGGUCAAUUGGUAGUCAUGCUAGUCGAAUGAAUUCAAUAUCUGAAAGUGCUGAUUCAUUUGCUGAUUGGACUCGAAGAAAUACAACAUUAGCAGUCAAUCAAAUAUUAAUUGAUGAUAUUCCAGAAACAAAUUUGACUACAUUUUCAACAUCAUCACUGUCAAAUGUUUCAAUGGCUAGCAGAGCACUUGCAAUGGGUAGAUCGUUAGAAGAAACCUAUGCAUUCUCCGGUGUUCAUCAUAUAUUUGACCAUCAUAAGGGAUCAGUAACUCGAGUACAAUUUGCACCGAAUGAUCGAAGUCUAUUAGCAACAUGUGGUCGAGAUGGCAUUCUUGCUAUAUGUCAAGUUCUUCCAACACCAGCAACAAUUAUCUAUCGAUUAAAAGGCCAUACGGCUGCAAUAAAUGGUUUGUAUAGGACUUUUGGAAUAUUUGUAACAACCGAGAUUACAAGUAUUUCAACUUAUAUAGAUAUGCAAUGGUCAUCAAUAAAUGAUUUAUUAGUAACUGCUAGUAGUGAUUCAAGUAUACGUAUAUGGCAAAUAUCCAACGGCAAAUGUAUGCGUGUUAUUGAAAGCAAAGAUGGUGUCGAAAAUCUAUGUUGUUGUUUUCAUCCAUCAAACAAUAAUUUUAUUGCCGUGGGAAAUAAUCAAGGAAUAUUACAAAUAUUUAACGUAUCCACUGGAAAGGCGCUUAAAAAUUGUGUAAUUAAAUGUUAUGGUCGCUCAAUGUGCGUAGCAUUUGAUGAAACCGGUUCAAUCUUAUGGACAGGGGAUAGUCGUGGAAAUAUUUUAGCGGCUACAUUUGACAUGACAACAGGAAAGCUACAUAGUUGUAAACGGGUAUUUUCAAAUAGUAAUGGUUCAGUGACUAGUCUUUCCUUUCGAUACCGUUCAACACGUGAUGGACGUGAAGGAUAUGUUUUGGCUAAUGUUAUUCCUAAUUUGCUCUUCCUAUUCAAAGUUGUUGGCGCAAGUGGAAAAUUGAUUGUUCGAAAACGUUUCCCAAUACGUCAGAAAUCCUUAUCGCUGCAUAGUUCAUUUUGUCCAAUUGUUUCUCAACGUCAGGGUUUUUGUGUUGUUAGUGGAAGUGAAGAUAUGUGCGUCUAUCUUUAUGAUGUUGAUCGAGAAGUUCGUACAUUAAUCAACAAACUACAAGGACAUUGUUCAGUUGUAUUUGAUGCUUCGUUUAAUACCGAUGAAAGUUUACUAGCAUCGUGUGAUCAGCAAGGACUAGUUAUUGUUUGGCAGCGUGAUAGUAGAUAA